AAUGGCAACAAAUAUAUAACAUGAAGAGAUUAAUUUAAGUCUUAAUAAUGAUAAGAAAGCAUUUGAAGAUCUUAGUGGAUUUUUUAAUUUAUUAGCUUUAGCUUUAGAGAAAGUGGAUUAAGCUAAUAAGGAAUUAAUAGAAUGUUUGAAAAAGAUUCAAAAAUAAUUAAGUUCAGAAAUACCAAAAUUAGCAGAAGUAGUUUCUUUGGUAGCAGAGUCUAUGAGUGUGGCUUAGAAAAAGAAUAUGGAAUAUGUGGAUUUAAUUAAAACUAAAAUAAUAUUGAGUUUGAAUGGGUAAUUGGAAUAAAUAAAGACUAAGUAGAAAUUGUUGGAUGAUUAUAAAGCUAAGACAGCUAUAGAAGCAGAUAGAGAUUAAAAAAGAAAGAAUACUGAACCUGCAAAAUAAAAAGAGACUUAUUAAGCUUAUGAAUAAGCAAAGAAAGAGAAAAUGUUAGCAGGAUAAACACUUAAUACAUAAUAUUAAAUUUAUAUUAAUGAGAAAAAUCAAGAAUUUUGUUCAAUGUGGAAACAUUUUUUGAAUAUGUAAAUGUAUUGUUGUGCAGCAGGACUACAAAGUUUUUCAAAAAGUGCAUAAGAAAUUCAUAAUAGAGAAUAAGAAGUAAAAAAAGAUGCAGAAAUUUUCUUAAGUAAAUUAUUAGGUAAUUAAAGAAUUAAAUGA